CGCCCCCCAGUGGGCGUGUGGAGAAGAAGCGGGACGUCUGAGGAAAACACCGCGGCUAACGAUAGCAACAAUCAAAAUUAGUGAAAUAAUUACGAAAAAUCCACGAAAAGCUGCUCCAAAUCUCAAUUUCGGGCAAAAUCCACCAUUUCCCGCUACAUUUCCACCGAAGCCAAACGCCGACAACGAAAUACUCCCGCUAAUCCCGCGAAGUGGCCGGCGGCCUGCGUCCGUAGCCCGCCCUCCGGUGCACCUGAGGCGGCGAGCGCUUUCAGGAAAGACCGGUGCUUCCGCUCACGCCUUCCGCUUUGCAGAUUACAGAAAACGGGGACCCUCGAAACUAUUUUUCCCUUAACAAUCGGGGCAUCUCUUUUUAUUCCCCCCCCCAUUGAUGUGAAGCUGCAGGGUUUUUUUUUUAACCAAGAGGACGAUUUCACACCGUGGCCCGUGUUUCCCAGCCGCCAUGAAUCUGUAACAAUAACACAGCCAGGCUGCAGUGACACAGACCCGGGGCGCCCCGGGGCGGGGGGAUCCAUGCACCGUGUAGCAGCACAGCCGGGCCGGGGACAGGCAUGCAUGUGGACCGGGGGAGCCUCUCCUGGAGCCGGAUCACGUCGUCACCACAGCCCCUGCAAGAGUCCCGGAGUUACAACCACCAUGGACGUCCACACUGAUGUGGAGACACCGUGAUUUCUAUUUGCAUGCUUUUGCACAUCCAAAAAGGCUGAUUUUGCUUUGAAAAAGACCAGCACGCACGGGGAUGGAGUGGAUAUGACUGUGGGAUGUGUAGGGUGAAUUGCUGCAUGUGUGUCUGCUGCCACAUAUGUCGGAUUUGUUGAGGUUUUUUGCGUUUUAAACACACCGUGACGGACCGGAGCAGCGGAGAUGAACCCGGUCAACGCCACUUCUCUGUACGUGUCUGCCAGCCGGUCCGUGCUGCAGUGCGACCCCCGAGACCACCGGGCCCUGGCGGAGCUCUGCAGGCUGCUGCCCUUCUUCAGGCAGUCGCUGUCCUGCCUGGUCUGCGGUAACCUGCUGCAGGACCCCAUCGCGCCCACCAACUCCUCAUGUCAGCACUACGUCUGUCGCGGCUGCAAGGGUCAGAGGAUGCAGCUGAAGCCGUCCUGCAGCUGGUGCAAGGACUACACCCGCUUCGAGGAGAACCGGCAGCUCUCCCUGCUCGUCCACUGCUACAGGAAGCUCUGCCUCUACAUCAUUCAGUCUCCGCUCGCGCCGCACGUCGCCAGCGCCGCCAGCGACUCGCCGGACCUGCAGGCCAUCCUCAACGAGGGCCUGACGCUGGCGGAGAGCGAACCGGACUCAGAAGUCGCCUCCGAUCCGGCCUCACCGUCGCAGACCGCCGCCGCCGCGUCCACCUCGGAGGUGAUUCAGUCGGACGAUGCUCCGCUGGUGGCGGAGGCGACGGAGGUGACGGAGGUGGCGAGGGAGCAGAGCCCCGCCGCCGUGAACGGACUCCACGAUUGUAACGGUCUGGUGGGGUCGGAGGUGCCGCAGCCCGCCGGCGUGGAGGCGGGCUGCGGCGCCGCGAGGCCGGAAGGCUUCUCGGAGGAAAUGCCGAUAUGUGUGAGCGUCACGGGAGGCGGGGGGGCGGGGCUUUGUGACAUCAGCACCUUCGGCGAGGACCUCAAACAUGGGGGGGGUUCUCUGCUGCUGAGCGUGGAGGAGGUGCUCAGGACUCUGGAGACGGACAAUGAACCCGACGCCGCACCUGAACCGGAGCCCCAUCCGGAACCCCACCCGGACCCCCCCGCCCCCUCGCCGGGACUGAACGGUUCUCACUGCCCGUCCGGCCCCGACUCCUCCCGCCUCACCCCCUCCCUGCCCCCGGAGGACAGCCCGCGCCCCCCCCAGUCCCAGCCUCACCCCCAGCCUCACCUGCAGCCCUCGGCGAAGCCCUUACACCACCCCCACCUGCAGUUCCCCCCCCAGCCCUCGGCGAGGCCGCCCCCCCAGCCCUCGGCGAGGCCGCCCCCCCAGCCCAGCGCCGUCGCCCCCCGCGCCCCCGUCCGCUGUCACCGAAAGCGCUCCCGCUCGGAGAGCGACAGCGAGAAGGUGCAGCCCCUCCCCAUCUCCAGCCUUAUCAGAGGACCGGCCGCCGGCGCCGCGGGGUCCCCCCCCCACCCCAGCCCCGCCGCCGCCACCAAACACGAGCCCAAGUUCCCAGCAGCCACCCCCCACCCCCACCCCCACCCCCACCUAGCGACGGUGCCUAACGGCGGCCCCCCCAAGGUGAGCAAGACGGUGUUCGUCACCAGCAAGGCUCUGAAAAAGACUAUGGAGCACCACGGCGCCGCCAAGAAGGCGUACAGCAAGGCCCGGCAGGGGGCCCCCAAGCCCCGCGCCCAGCCCCGGGACCGGGUCCCGCCACACCCCCACGCCCACCCGCUCACACACCCCCCCAGCCCCUCCAAGCCCCUGUACAAGAAGCCCGUGGAGAAGAAGGGCUGUAAGUGCGGCCGAGCCACGCAGAACCCCUCGGUGCUGACCUGCAGGGGGCAGCGCUGCCCCUGCUACUCCAACCGCAAGGCGUGUCUGGACUGCAUCUGCCGCGGCUGCCAGAACUCCUACAUGGCCAACGGCGAGAAGAAGCUGGAGGCCUUCGCCGUGCCGGAGAAGGCGCUGGAGCAGACCCGGCUCACGCUGGGCAUCAACCUCACCAGUAUCACGGCGGCGGCGCUGCGCGGCCCCGCCACCAGCUCCCCCGGCGGCACGCUCCUCAACGUCACCACGGCGACGGGGGCGCCCGUCACCGCCGCCUUCCUGUCGGGGGCGGGCCACGACAGCCGCGGCUACGACGACUCACUGGAGAUGCGCUUCGACUGUUGAGGUCCCCCCCUCCCCCCGACAUUCCCCCCCGCCCUCCACCACCGGGUCGUGGCGGCGGAGCCGGAACGAGGCAGCUACAGCGCCGGGCGGCGGCCCGGGUCGCCCGGAUCUGCACCGUGCCCGGAGGAAUGGGAGAGUUGUAGCGUUCCUGUAGUUUCCCUCGUCUCCUCCCACUCCGGGCCACGCGUGGAGCGAGUCGUGUAGCUAAAGCAGGACGGCCGUCGCGCCUCCGUGCGAGUGUGUGUGAGUGUGUAUGUGUGAGGGUUUGCUUUGGGGAGGAACGGGGACAUCGUCAUCAGAGACUGGUGUAAUUUAUAUAAAAGACAUUUUUGUACAUGGACGUAUCCGUUUCCAUUUAUGAAGACAUUUUAUGACGUAUUUUAUAAGUUACAUUCAAACCAAUAGAAGCCAAUGCAGGGCGGGGGGGGGGUGGGGGGCAAAUCUGCAUUCAACCAGAAUAUUUUCACACUACGAAGAAAGUAGAAGGUAUUUUAUCAAAACCUGCUCAGCCAGAAAUUCUACGUUAUUCAAAAAUAAAAUAUAGUUUCUUAUACGCUUAGCUGAGGAGUCAGGAUGUGAAUUUUACCACCAGCUGAGGUUUGAUUAUGCCUGUUGAAUGUUUAUACUCCGUGAGCCCUCGUCAGACCACCAAAUAUUAUUCUGAGAUGUUUGUGCACACAAAAAAAUAAAACUAAACAUGUACUGUAUUUAACCAGUGAAAUAGUGAAUUUUGACAUCCAACAGGCUGCAGGAAAACAAAGCUUAUAUCCCUGGUUUUCUGUUUCAUCAGUCGACAGUACGACCACUGUGUUCGUUUUCUGCUUUUUGGUGUGUUAAAAUCUCUGGUUGAUUGCAGACGCCGUGCGCUGUUUCUCCCACGUUUGAGGUUUCUGCGAGCUACACACAUGCUGCUAGGUUCUACGAAGGACUCCAAGGAGGAGAGCGUUUUUCUGUUCCUCGUCUUCUGUUCUGGAUCCCUCUCCUCCUCUGUUUUAAAAACCAUUUGCGUUAACAGCAUUUGCAGUAUUUUUACUUUUUGGAAAAAAGAUCUCCUCACGUACGUCGGUUCUCCGGGAGUUUUGGAAGCAGUUUCGCCCCCGACUUUGUGGGUCUGGUCCGGACAGGUUCUGUCUGGGGUUUAGUUGCCGUCAUCUUCUUAGUGUUAGUUUCUGGUGUCUCCGAACUGUUGUCUGUUCUCCCUCUGGGCAUUUAAAUACCUGUAAAAUAACUGUAACAUAUUUCCACAAAAAGAAAGAA